AACCAAUUAAAAUCAAAGAACACAUUGAGAAAAUUGAAGAAGAAAUAACCAUUAUGAGUGACAAACUAAACAGGGUUAUAACACACAGUAGAGAAAUUGUGGAAAACAUCAAAGAAGCUGAUGAAAAAGUCAUAAUACCAAAAACUGUGGAAUCAUUGGCUCAUAAAAUGAAUCAAAUCAACGUAUGGAUAGAUGAAAAACGUCUUCAGAUUGGUAACACCCUAGAUGCUUGGCAGAAAUUCAUGUCCCUAUAUGAUACAGUUAUUACUUGGUGUAAAGAUAAAACUAAAUUUUUAGAAAAACCGAUCAUAUUAAGUACAUUAGAAUCAGCUAAACAGAAGUCGCAUGAAUUUUCGGUAGCCGUAAAAUCAAGUAAACACCAGAGCAAAAAUUUAGCUGAAAUGAAUAAGGAGUUGGAAAUAAUAGCUAUGUCAACAGAUGUUGGAUCAUUACCAGAAAAGUUGGAAGAAGCUAAUAAUAUAAAAAAUGAAGUCGAAGGAAAAUUAUCAGAAAGAUAUGCAUUAUUACAUGAAGCUUGCGAAGAAUGGGAACAGUUUGAAAGAAAAUUAAAAGAUGUUAGAACAUUUAUUGAAAAAUCUAAACAUGUUAUUGAAUCACCAGGUAAUAAAAAACGAACCUUGAGGGAACAGCAUGAUUUAAGAGAAAAAAUGCUAGCUGAUAUCUCAAUACAAAAGAAAAAAAUAACUUUAUCAACAGAUAAAUUACAGGUAUUUCAUUAAAUCAUAACAAUAUUA